AAUGAAUCAGAAUAAAUAUGAAAUCUUUGUCGAUGCCAGCAGAACAACUACCGGAUACUCAACUUGAUCCUUUCGGCACUCUUGAGCUGAGUGCAUUAGAGACUUCUCAGAGUUUUUCGUUGGACAGGCACAAUCCCUCGCUUUACCCGCAUAUGGGUCACGGGGGAUCAACAAAGGGUAGGGCUACGUAUCGCAAAAACAGGCUGGUUAUCAAUGUUACGGGCGCCUGUGAAUACUCAGAGCCGAGCUCCUUAGAGAUCGGCAAUACGAAGGAGGUCACUGCAUACUAUAAAAGUGCUUUCAGACAACUACAAACAAGCGACUGCCGCUCACUGGCUGAAAUCUUCGUGGAAAGCUUUGCAACCUAUGAGCAGGCGAAUCGGCCUUGCAAUAGUGGAAAGGAAGCAGUAAUGUUCCAGGGAGAGGAAUCCCAGAAGUCCAGGCCAGAGUGGUGGCCCCAAGAUAUCAAGCACGAAGGACCUGACGAUAUCAUGAAAGAGUCUCUUAUAGAGCUACUCGUCCAUCUUCUUCAGAACCUACUUCCUAUAGGAACCACUGCGGCGAUGUUCGAAAAAGCCUCCGAUGGCGCCAAAAAUCAAGCCUCUCCCGCGGAGCAAGCUAGAAGACGAACUUUGAUUUUAGACGAGAUAUUCCGUGUGAGAAAGACUGAAGAGCGGUAUAAGAAGAAUGAAAUUGAUGGAACAACCCAGGUCUUCGUUUCCAAUGGCGACAAAGCUUAAAAAGGAGAACCUGACUUGAGGGUAAUUCCU